GAUUAAAAAAAGUUAUGGAGCGAAGCCUUAUCGGAUCACGUCUUUUGCAUGCUGCUGCAUAGUUUUCAGAAUAAAAAAAAUCAGCUGUGCUUCUGGAAAAAACAGGAGAGAGCGCAUAGCGCGCGACGAGGCGCAACGAGCAGAGUUUCGGUGUUUUGAAAGGAUCAGAUAACCGAUAACCGCUGAGUUCGGGGGAGGACCAGGUGUGUUUUCCCGUUUCUAAGGACUGCCUUGUUGAUGUCACCAUGGAGGAGUGCUGGCGAGUAGGACAGGUGCGCAGGGUGAAGUUGCCUCAGUGGGUUCGCAUGAGGAACUGUCAGUGACAGAGGACUUUUUCAGCAGCUGAUGAACCUCGUAUAAACCCAUUUUUUCACGUUUUCCUGUAUUUUAUUUUAUUUUAUUUUUUAAAUAAACUAUUUCCGUCAGUGUUGUCAAAUGUGCUGGCGUUUCCUGAAGUCCAGAGUGGGAUAUAUGCUAUUUUUCCCACGCUUUUCUGACAGGCACUGGUGCGCGCAAACUGCUGGACUCGCCGGUUCCGUCCUGCUCUGUAACACAUAUCGGGGUGUAACAGUGCGGGGGAAGCUACUGUUGGUUAUUAACCGCACAUUGCUGUGAACUGGGGUGUGGGAUCGAGACGCCCCAGCAUCAGAAUCAGCACUUUCCGCUUCAAUGCGACACUGACGCAGCUGGUCUCACAUUCCAGUCGCGGACAGGUGAUGCUCGGAUAAGUCAAUGGAAGGAUAUUUGAUUCUCAGGAGCAGCUGAGCAAAAAACAACAAGCAAACAAACAAACAAAAAAAGCAAGAGUUGUUUUCCUCGAGAUGGAAUACACCACAAGGCAGCAGCAUCAUUAACUUCUCUAAUCGGCAAUGAUUUUUCCGUGCGUCAUUGCGUCUUAGGUUUUGAAGCGGUUGUUGCUUUGAAGGACAAUCGUUCUUGGACUUCCCUAUAGGUUUUCAACAUCUACCAACAAUGUCCAAGACACUGAAAAAGAAGAAGCACUGGUCAAGUAAAGUGCAGGAGUGCACCGUCUCGUGGGGAGGUUCCGGGGAGCUGGUCACUGUAGCGGAGGUGCGAGGUGGCGCUGAGCUGGGAGAGUUCCCCUAUCUUGGACACAUAGUGUCGGAGGCGUUGGUGUGUCACGCCGGGAGGCUUCCCAGCAUUGGGGACGUUCUGCUGGAGGUUAAUGGCACUCCCGUGAGCGGACUCACAAACCGAGACACGCUGGCUGUCAUCCGCCACUUUCGGGAGCCAGUCCGCCUGAAGACUGUGAAACCAGGUAAAGUGUUGAAUACUGAUUUGCGUCACUACCUCAGUCUGCAGUUUCAGAAGGGCUCCCUGGACCAUAAGCUCCAGCAGGUGAUUAGGGACAACCUGUACCUGCGUACCAUUCCCUGUACUACUCGGCAGCCUCGAGAAGGGGAGGUUCCGGGAGUGGACUACAAUUUUAUCAGUGUGGCGGAGUUUCGUGAACUGGAAGAAAGUGGACUGCUGCUGGAGAGUGGCACCUACGAUGGCAACUAUUAUGGGACCCCUAAGCCCCCUGCGGAGCCGAGCCCUGUACAGCCAGACCUGGUGGACCAGGUUCUGUUUGAUGAGGAAUUUGACACGGAGGUCCAAAGAAAACGCACAACCUCUGUCAGUAAGAUGGACAGAAAGGACAGCGCUGCUCCAGAGGAGGAAGAGGAAGAAGAGAGGCCUCCUUUGGUCAACGGACUGACCGAGCACAAGGACAAAGCCGAGUGGAGGAAGACAGUGCCCAGCUACAACCAGUCAGCCGGGGCCAUGGACUUGCGUAUAUGGAACACAGAGGAUGAAAGUCAGGAGCCCUUGCCUAAAAACUGGGAGAUGGCCUACACAGAAACCGGCAUGGUCUAUUUCAUCGAUCAUAACAGCAAGACCACCACCUGGCUGGACCCACGUCUUGCCAAGAAAGCCAAGCCACCUGAGAAAUGCGACGAAGGAGAGUUGCCCUAUGGCUGGGAGAAGAUUGAGGAUCCACAAUUUGGCACAUACUACGUAGACCACAUCAACCAGAAGACCCAGUUUGAAAAUCCAGUAAUGGAAGCUAAGAGAAAACUAAGUGUGGACACGCCCAUUGCUGCACCUCCACAAGCUGCUACGCCCUCAGGUUCCACAGCAGAGGAGCCUGGCAGGGGAAUGUGGGGGUUUACUCGAGAUCCAACUCAGUUGCAGGGCAACAUACUUAAGACAGCACUUAGAAAAAGCCCCCAGGGCUUUGGAUUCACCAUUAUUGGCGGAGACCGACCUGACGAGUUCCUCCAGGUCAAAAACGUCCUGCCAGAUGGGCCUGCAGCACAUGACAAGAAGAUUGCCUCAGGUGACGUAAUUGUGGACAUUAAUGGGACAUGCGUGCUGGGAAAGACUCAUGCUGAUGUCGUGCAGAUGUUCCAGUCUAUCCCAGUCAAUCAGUAUGUGGACAUGGUCCUGUGUCGGGGCUACCCUCUGCCAGAGGACACCAGCAAUAGUGAGGAGGCAUCGAGCAACCUCAGUGCCUCUAAGGACACUUCUCCUUCCCCUUCGACACCACAAGACCUCAAUUAUGCUGUCAACGAUGGAGCAACCCUGUCUCGGCAGACUGCGUCAGUGCCACCUAUGACCAACGGAGGACGCCACCACCAUCCUCAUUCCCAUCAACACCACCACCUUCCACAUGCCCUUAAUCAAGAAGGGCCUGACCCUACUCUAUUACAGCCGGAGCUGGUGAGUGUGCCCUUGGUGAAAGGCCCGGGAGGUUUUGGCUUUGCUAUAGCGGAUUGCCCCCUGGGACAAAAGGUAAAGAUGAUCCUGGACGCCCAGUGGUGCCGCGGCUUGUUGAAGGGUGAUGUUAUCAAGGAGAUCAACAGACAGAAUGUCCAAACUUUGAGCCACUCGCAGGUGGUCGACAUCCUCAAAGACCUGCCUGUGGGCAGUGAGGUCAACGUGCUGGUGCUUAGAGGAGGUCAGACGUCUCCAGUGAAGUCACUGAAACCAUGCACAGGUCCCAUGUCUCACGGAGUAGCCCAGCCUACUUCACACCAGGCACCUCAUUCGGUGCCCCAACAAAUGGUCCAUCCGUUCCCUCAGCCCACGAUGCAGCAGCAGAGGCAGGAGAUGAUCAGCAGCACAGAGACCCUAAGUCAGCCUGAGGCAUCCCCCAAUGCAUCAACGUUCUCCUCCAGCACCCUGCGCUCAGCUUCACCCAAACCAGAUGCAUCUGAGCUCUACCUCAAGUCCAAGGCCAUUCUAGACAGCAAGCCUCCCAAUACAAAGGACCUGGAUGUAUUCAUCAAAAGGAAUCAGGAAUCAGGCUUUGGCUUUAGAGUCCUUGGGGGCGAGGGACCAGAUCAGCCAGUAUAUAUUGGUGCCAUUGUGCCACUCGGUGCAGCUGAGAAGGACGGGCGCUUGCGGGCAGGGGAUGAGCUACUUUGUAUAGAUGGCGUGCCAGUCAAGGGCAAAUCCCACAAACAAGUGCUGGAGCUGAUGACCAAUGCUGCUCGUAAUGGCCAAGUCAUGCUUACAGUCCGCAGGAAACUAGCAUACACAGAUGGUGGAGGAGAAGAUGACAACAGCCAGCAGCCCCAGCAGGUUGCAUCUGCUUUGGUCAACAGCUCUCCCAAGAUGCCUCGUACUGAAGCACCAAGCAUCAUCCAGCCUGCUCAGCCUACCCGUCCUGAGCGCUUUGAUGUUACUCUGCAGCGCAAAGACAACGAAGGCUUUGGCUUUGUCAUCCUCACGUCAAAGAACAAGCCCCCACCUGGAGUUAUACCUCACAAAAUUGGUCGUAUUAUUGAAGGCAGCCCUACAGACCGUAUAGGUCAAAUGAAGGUGGGAGACCGUAUUUCUGCUGUCAACGGCCGCUCCAUCAUGGAGCUUUCACACAACGAUAUUGUUCAACUCAUCAAGGAUGCUGGAAACAUUGUCACUCUUACUGUUGUGCCUGAAGAUGACAGCGCUCCUCCGUCUGGAACAAAUUCAGCCAAGCAGAGCCCUUCGGCACAACACAGAGCUGUAGGCCAACAGCCUCCCAGCUACCAAGACAGGAAUGGUGACUCCGAGGCUAAGAAUCAUCUUUCACCAAGAGAUGGGACAGGAACUCUCAUUCCAUCGGGCCCUAAGCAGGGCUGCUUUGUGGUGGAGCUGGAACGCAGCCAGAGGGGCUUCGGCUUCAGCCUGAGAGGAGGGAAAGAGUAUAACAUGGGGCUGUUCAUUCUUCGACUGGCCGAGGAGGGACCCGCUCUUAAAGAUGGCAGGAUACAUGUUGGAGAUCAAAUAGUGGAGAUCAAUGGCGAGGCCACACAGGGCAUUACACACACUCGGGCAAUUGAGCUGAUCCAAGCAGGAGGCAAUAAAGUUCAUCUACUUCUCCGACCUGGCCAGGGCUUGGUCCCGGAUCACAGUUCAAAGGACAAAGUAACCAUUCCAACCUCAAGCUUUCCCAGAUUCUCUGUAUCUGACGGGCAGUCAUCUCCAGCUUCUCCAUCCUCUGUCUCCCUCUCUACCUCUGAACUUUCCCCAUCCUCACCCAAAAUAUCUGCCCCUGAUGAGUUCCCUGGGGGUGACGGCAUAGAACGUGGGUCCCCUGGUGCUGCGAGGGAGCAUGGUAGGCAGGCUAACAAACCAAGAGGACAGCAGCUCUCUGACCCUAACCAUAAGCGCACCACCAGCCCAAGCACCCAGACCAAUAAAACAAGCAGGAGCGACUCCGCAAAUGGUAGCCCCAAAAGAGCCACUGAAGGCCAAAGGGAGCACAUAGAUCGCUCCCAGAGCCCUCGAAAAACAGACCAAGGCCACAGCGGAUCCCUGGAGGACAUGAGCAAGGACAGAAAAGCCCAGGGACAGAGAGGCUCCAAGUGGGAACGUGACCCUGCCGUGCCUUUGAGCAACCUGGAGGAGCCUCACAGCCCCAGGCGCCCAGCUGGCCAAAAGCCCAAUAUUGCCUCUGGAGAAGAGAAGGACCUGAGGUACAAGCAGACUGAUUCAGCUUACUGGCAGGAAAGAGGAGCUACAGAGAGUGGAGACAAAACCUGGGGAACCACUGAUUACUACAGAAAGGCAAAGAGGGCUGAGCAAGAGGCACUGGUCCAAAAAUCCAACUCCCAAGCAUACAGGGAGAGGGUGGGGUCAGACGCUGAUGGUGGCACACUGAGCCGAAAGACCGCAAGAGACAAACGGGACAAGGAACAUCGAGAUGGCAAGUACCAUGGUUCAACUGAAGAAGUGAAUAAAAAGGACCCACGAGGUUCAAACAGUAGCAUCCCAGACCCCAGCUGUAAUGGGAACACUUCCAGCAAGAAGGGUCCCAUCACCCCGGGCCCGUGGAAAGUUCCCAGUUCUGCCAAGAUCCAGUCCCGAGUGGACACCACAUAUGCAGAUAUCUGAAACCCUGCCAGGACUCUGCAUAUAUAAAGAAAAAGCUGAGCCACAAACAUGAAUUCAGAAUUUUUAGACAUGUCUGACAUAGCAGAUCACUGUGCAACCAGCAACAUAGCUUCUCAUUGCUCCUGAUUUUUUUUUUUUUCUCCAACCACUUUGCCUACAUCAGUUUGCAUCAAGCUGCUGAUAUCUGAUCCGACACACGUUGUACCUACAUGAGAAUUUGUACUGUAUAAUGAUGUGUAAGCAUGUGUGUAACAGAUGGGUUCUGAGUGUGGUAUUUGGAAGUAACAAUGACGUCUAUUUUGUGCCAAUCAGAGACUCCGGUAAUAUAAAGAAGCUGCUCCUAAUUGCACUCACUGUGAGACUGUUUGUGGGGUUUUUGGAUAAACUGCUCUCCUCCCCACCACGAUGAAGGAUCCAGAUUUUUUUUUGUUUGUUUGUUUUGUUUUGUUUUUUUUUUUUAUUACGUGUGUCACGUUUGAAGGUUUAAAGGCAUACACAUGCAAUCACAGCUUUUCUUCCAGGUGAGACUAACUCACUGUUGCUGUCACAAAUGGAUGUUUUAAAAACUGAGACUUGUGAUUUUCUCUGAUCGCUGUCUUAAAAGCGAAACUGUCUUGUAAGUCCUUUAUGGUUUGUUUUUUGAGACCGACUAGAGUCGUGAAUCGUCUGUGUGACUGCAUUCAUACAUGCGAAGACAUGAAUCCCCUUAGCAUAUCAGAGAAUGGAAAGACUACCCUGGAGCUUUAUAUGCAUAAAUCAGCAGACCAGAUACUUGUGGUUAUAGUUCUAAUGUUUGUUAUAUGUGUGUUAAUGAAAAUAAAGCAUAAUGUAAUUUAUUGAAAUUAAAUGUACACAGAACAGUUAGUACACAUAAUUUCACUUUUCACGUGGACUUGAUGAGGCAAGGUAGAAAUGGAACGUGUAGAUAAGCAUCUCCAUCUAAAAGAAUACAUUCAAAGACUGCAGUUUAUGCAUCUAAUUUCAUUCAAGCCUGAUUCAUAAAGUUGCUGACUGUUCACAGCUCUGUAUUUUAGGUCCUCUGCCUGCGUGUACGUAUACAAGCUGACUUGUAGGCCUGUGUAUUUUAAAUAUCACUGUAGCAUCGACUAUACUGAAAAUGAAACAUAUCUCAUUUAACAAAGUGGUUACACAUAUAUCGACUCAUAUUAUACAUGAAUUGAAUUAACAGAGGCUGACUGUAAGAAGUGAGACAUCUGGCUUUUAACUUACUAAAAACAUUAGAAGAUAUGUCUUUUUGUUAACCAUAAAUAUAGGCACAAAAACGGAUGGUUCCAACACAAAUAUCUAUUUUUGAUCAUUAUUUUUAGUACAUGACCCCCAUGAUUUAAGUAGUAUAGUAUUAAUAUUAUGCUCCAUUAUAGGCAAGAUGCCUGAAGAAUUCACCAAAUAGUCACCCUUUGGUGAUUGAACAUAUAGUGCAUGAAAUUGGCAGUACCAUUUCUUUAGGAGUCUGGCUUGAAAUUACAAUCUAAGGUUUGUCAACUUUAUUUUUUUUAAUAAAUUCAGUGUAAUAAAAAAGUUAUUGGGAUAUGUUGCCCUGC